AUGCUCGUCCACUACGUCUGGAUUGACCACGACUCCCGGGCGGUCGUCCUGUCCGGCCGUGGCACCCUCAGCCUCUCCGACAUGCUCGUCGACCUCACCUGCAAGUACGAGCCAAUCGGCGUGAACAACCGGGACCCGAAUGCGCCCUAUCUGCUGCAUGCUCCCUCCGUCUGUGCAGGGAAUCCUCGAACGUCCAUGAAGUCAUCAGAGUCCUCGAUCGUCCAAGAAGUCAUCAAGCAAGCUCUGGUCAACAACCCGAGCUACGGGCUGAUCAUCACCGGCAAUUCACUCGGCGGGGGGUCGCGGCGCUCCUAG